AUGUGGGUAUGGAAAUCAGACUGUAACAAUAGUUUUAAUGUUGCGGCGGUUAGGGAUCAAGUUAUAAAAAGAUCGAUUUGCGUUGAAGAUAAAUGGCUGUUUUGGAAUUGUUGGGUCCCGUCGAAGGUUAAUCUUUUUGUGUGGAGAUCAGUGCUGAAUAGAAUUCCGGUUAAGGAAGAGCUUAUCAAGAGAGGAGUUUGCAUUCAAAAUCCUCUAUGUUUGAUAUGUGAAGACCAAGCCGAAUCUGUUGAGCAUCUGGUGUGUAAGUGCACUUUGUCAAAGUUCAUCUGGUGGAAUAUAUUGGAUUGGGUCAAGCUGCCAGUUGAUGUGGAGUUUGGUUCAUGCAAGGAAGCUUUGGAGUUCAUUGAAGGAAGGAAAGGAUCUAAGGUUUGGAAGAAAGUUAUCAAUCUUAUUUUUCAAUCAAGUAUGUGGCAUAUUUGGAAGGCUCGCAAUGAGAAGGAGUUUAAUGGGGUCCUGUUAUCCGGGAAUGUGGUGGUAGAGGAUAUUAAAGCUGAUGCGUAUCUUUGGUUAAAAAGUCGGUCUAAGUUUGAUAAGUUGGAUUGGGGUAGAUAG